UUUGCACCCACAAACUUACAGCACAUACACAGAUUUAGAUUGGGCCUUUUUUCCACGGCCCGAUACACUAUUUUUGCUUCCCAACAACCUUCCCAUCCACAAUUGAAGUGUACGGAAACAAAAUCGAUCACUCGUUGGCGUGCCCUUUUCCAAGCCUCAUUCUUCCAUACCACAAGCUCUGUCCCGAUCGACCAUGAUUUCCCGGAAUGUGCCAACCCUUCGUGCCGUUGCUUUGGCUCAGGCAGAAGCGUAUCAGCGGCCGUUGAGUGAAGAAACCGUUGCGGCCAAAGACAGAACCGGACCAACUACCUUCGUUAGCUCUGGCUACGAAAGCGCGGACGGGAGUCGCAAAAGAGCCGAGCCAGAGGGUAUGGAAUCAGGGGUUAGACGCACCAAGAGAAGGCGUCUGCAGAAUGCGCAGGGAAGCACAAUUGGUGAAGGAUCACGAGCUGGCUCCUCAUGGGAAACCGGAGGUCGCGGGGAUCAUCAAGCUGGCUUCAUGCAAAACGUGGAUUCCGAGCUCAUGUCUCAACAGAGACACCGUGGAGAAUCUCAGAUCACGAACAGGCCCAUUUUGGAGGAGAGAUUUCGCCCGGAAACGCGUGACCUUACGCAAGCACUCUCGGCUCUCGAUGAUUUGAACGUUUCAAAUCGACCUCGAGAGCGCACUCAAUCUUUUUCUACUCAUACUCGGGGGGCGAGCACUGUCGGACGAGCUGUGAGGGGAUCCCCGCAAGGACUGAUUGGUUUUUCUCCGGUCAGGUUGUAUGCCUCGGACGAAGCAGAAGACCAGAGUGAAGUGAAAUGCUCUAUUGCUGGCGAAGAAGCCUAUUCGAGAGAUGGUCUUCGACCGAACGCCCGCUCUAGGCGUAACUUUACGUGCGUUCCUGCGCGGAUGCCGCCAGUAUCGGCUUUAAAUCGUACUGAAGACCAAGACGACCCUAAUCCUCGGCCCGAUAUAUACGAAGUAUCCCUCACGCCUGACCCCGUCCACGGACUCGGCCUGCUACUCGCCUGCGUGGUGGAUGGCCUGCCUUGUAUUGCUGAACAGUACAAAGUCCUCCCCAACCGGGUACUCCCGGCCCAAGCCGCCGGAACCAUUUGUCUGGGGGAUGAACUAGUGGCUGCGAAUGGCGUCGGUCUUGACGGUCGAGCCUUCGCCUGGAUUGUGGCCUACAUUCGAUACGUCGGACGUCAAGGGAAGCCUAUUCGCAUGUGCUUUCGACGCCGGCCGACAAGGCUUGAGCUGGCCGACAUGCCCGCUGCAUCGGCUUAGAGGAUGGGCGGGACACGAACUGUCGCUCCCUACCUGACUUCUGCCUGGUAAUUUGGAGACAGACCGACAGCUUAGUGAUCUCGCUUUCUGUAUAAUUGUCACUACCUAACAGUUUACAGUUAAUUUUUC